ACAAUUAUUUUAAAAUAUAAAGACAAUUUAUAUUUUAUUUUGUUUUCGAUUAGAAAACACACAAACUAUGCAUUCUGAAAAUCACACACAAAAGCGCUUUCUGGAAAUCGCUUUCCCGCUCACAAACUCGCAUUCCCUUUUCGUUUCUUCUUCGGAGCUUACACACUGAAGAUUCCACACUGCUAUUGUAGCAGAUCUGCAGGAGACAAUUCACAAGUGAAAUCGCAGAUAAUGAUAACACGAAAGGUGGAGGAAGAGGUUCCGGUAGAGGUAUCAAUAGAGGUAGGAAAGGCAGGGGUACCGCCACUUUGUCACAAUCUAAUAUUGGGCAACCUACAAAUCCUACCACAACUCAACUAGCUACAAAUACCCAACUUCUCCACCCUACUCCUCAUCUCUCAUCUAAGAGAGGUAGCGGUACCACUACAUCACAAUCUAAUAUUGGGCAACACAAAUCCUUCCACAUCUCGCACAACCACAAAUACCCAACUUUUUCACCCUACUCCUCGUCUUUCAUCUAAGAGAGGUAGCGGUACCACUACUUCACCACAAUCUAAUAUUGGGCAAACUACAAAUCCUUCCAUAUCUUGCAUAACUAUACAUACCGAACUUCCCUUCUCUACUCCUCAUCUUUCAUCUAAAAGAGGUAGGGGUACCACUACUUCAUGACAAGCUAAUAUUGAGCAAACUACAAAUCCUUCCAUAUCUCGCAUAACUACACAUACCGAACAUCCCUACUCUACUCCUCCUCUUUCAUCUAAAAGAGGUAGGGGUACCACUACUUCAUCACAAGCUAAUAUUGAGCAAACUACAAAUCCUUCCACAUCUCGCACAACUACACAUACCGAACUUCCCCACUCUACUCCUAGCCCACCUAUUUCUCCUACACCUAGCAUGUCACAUGUCCCAUCUGCUGCUGCAUCUGGUGAUGAUCCACAUGUUGAUUCACCACCUCAAAUUGGGAGUAAGGACCCUAGUGAUGGGCAUAUUUGGAUUCGUCCAGGACCAACAAAAACAUUUGACCCUUGUGUUAAGCCCACACGUGAGAUUAUAAAAAUUAUUAAACGUAAGUUUGAAGGGUCUUGGGCAACAUAUGGAGAUAUAAAGGGGAAAAAAAGGAUAAAGACGAAAAUGAUAGACAAAAAUGAUAAAGAUGUGGCUGAUUUGUGGUUUGGAGAGUUUAAGAGGAAGUAUAAGUGGCUACCGGAACAUGAGGAUGACAUUAGGAAGUAUAAGUAUAGCACAAUUCAAACAAUUUAUAUCCAACUUCUAAAUAAUUCUACCAGACUAAGUCUACAUUUUGGUGAAUAGACCAAUCAUCAACAGAAACUGAUCCAAAAACCAACAACUCCCUGCGGCGAACCACAACAAGCAAAGAGACUCUUUCGAGCCAUAUAGUUUAACGUCAAAGAAAGUGAUGACGAGAUAUCAUGAACAGUCCAAAAUCAAUCUCAAGUAAGAAAAGUCCAAAAGGUUCAUCAACAAGGGGGCAUGUCCGGCGGCGGUGGCAGUAAUGUUUCAUUCGAAGCUUUGCCAUUCUUCACAAUAAACACCGUCUCCAUGCCCCAAGAGAGGUGGCGUUCAAGAUGACAGUGCAGGAACCAUACUCCUGAAAUUGAGUGCGCAGUUCACACAACAAUGAGUUUUGAACUAUAAGAUAAAUGAGGAGGAAAAUAGUUAAAUAGUAUAUAGAAUAUAUUGCAACGCCACAUACCCAGGUUGGUGAUAGAAUGAUUAGUUUUAAAUGAAUGUUGUUUAUUUUGCAUGGAUUUAAGUUUAUAUGUUCUUCAUAUUUUUUUUCUCUCUAUUUUUUCAUUUUUUCAAUAAAUUCAUGAUGACUUAGGAUCACGUUACCCUAAAAAAAAAGAUGUUUACUAUGUAUAACGGUAUAAGUUCAGUAAGGCACAUACCGGGGUUGGUGGCGACGAACCUAAUAGCCGCCCAUCCAUUUUUAGGCACCGUCACUGUAUUCACAAUCGGAGGAUCAACAAGAUUGUAAUUCAUGGGGUCCUUACUUUUGUUGAAAUUACCAAAUCCAUAUCCAACAACAUAGAAACUAUAUCCAUGUAGAUGCAUAGGAUGGUCUAACCCUGUAAUCAGAUUUGUCCCUUGGUAAACAAGUUCAACAUUUGAGCCAUAUUUUAUAACUUUAACUUUGGUUCCUCGCUUUGGUGUUUGCAAGGUCAAAGGCAAAGAAUCUCCUGUGAAGUUAAAUAUAUAAGGUGGAAAAUUUGGAAAUCCCUUUUUGUAUACCCCAUGGAUAUGAUAGUAAUAAGCUUCUAGUAUGUCAAUGUUAGUGUUAACAAAGCUUAUGUUGUUCAUGCUAGCAGCUAAAAUGGUUCCAUUUGGACCUUCACAUGAUUGGUUAUUGGGACAUGGAAAGGUGUUGAUAGAAAUUGUGCUUAUUAUAUGAGUGUUGAUUUUUUUUGGGACACCAUUAGAGUACUUAUCAGGUAUACCUCUAAUGCUUGUGAUGAAGUCAAAAGCUGCUGAUGUGUCAUUAUAGUCUGGAAGAUAAGGUAAUGAAGGAACUGAAAGUGGAUUAUAACUCUCUUUGUAUUGUAAUAUAGCAGUGGUUGUGGUGUUAUCAAAAUCUACUCCUACUCCAGUUGAAUAUGCUCUUGCAGCCAUAUAGUAGUGAUCAGGUUCUUGGUUGGCAUGAAGCAAUAUAUCCAUUGUGUUUCCUGGUGAUAUGCAAAUGUAAUCUCUUGUCAUUGGUUUGGUGUACAUAGCAUCAACACCGACAACAGUGAGUUUGUGUUUAGCAAUUGACAUAAAGAGAAUGAGAUUCAUUGCAGCAUUAACCACACGUAGAAGAUAUGUCUUUCCUUGCUCUACUCUUAGCUUGAAUGUUUCUGAAAAAUAAAAGAAAUCCAACGUUUAAAUAUACAAAAA